AUGUACUGUUGUGGUGGUAGAGGUGCCCACAUCGUUGCGGAUCUCUUCACCAAUUUGGCUCCAGAAGGCCUUGAUUUCAUUUUUGGCUAUUUGCCUGCACUGAAUUUCCGAGCACCACAGAACAUGCUCAGGGGUGUUUUAAAGAGGCGCUGGGCAGAUUUCAUCCAUGAACAACUUACCAACUGCUCUAAUCUCAUAUCUUCACUUUUUUGCUGGUUCAUUGGCUGCUUGCUGUUGAACUCAGCCUUCGCCCAUUUAGCUAAACAGUGGGCUGGACCAUUCUUGUUCGCAAAGCUAGUGGAUUAUCCUGAAAACUUCGUAAGAGGUGCGGGUGAUGGUGGUUCUCUCGUUAGGACUGCACAAAAAGACCGAAUACCGACCCAACCAACCAUCCAAACCAAAACAAGUGCAUGAUUGGAGCAAUGGGGGUCUUGG